AUGUUCGCAGCCACCAAGUACAUCUACAACAAGACACGGACACAGUCCAAGUCUGGCGGAGAGGAAAAGCCGCUCUGCCAACACCGCUUACAAUCGAGCCAGUCUGCUCCUGCAGCAGACGAUGGCUUGUCUACGGAGCGAGCCUCGAUAAAGACAGAGGACCAGCACAUACUCCCUCAGUCCGCACCAGGUCCAGAAGACGCGCCAUGCCACCUCUGCCAACAGCAGCGACGCCACGACCGCAUCUACAGAUGGAAACUCAUCUGUGGUCUAACACUCCCAUAUAUCCUGAGCACUCUAGAUCUCACGAUCGUCGCCACGGCCGUCCCCUCCAUAGCAUCCCAUUUCAGUGCGUUCUCCCGUAGUCCUCACACUCACUUUCACAAAAAGUACUCACCGUUAGCAGACAGAUUCGACGAACUCAACUGGAUCGUCACCGCGUUCACACUAACAUCCACAACAUUCAUCCCGAUCUUCGGCCAGCUUGCCGACGUCUUCGGUCGGCAUGCGGUGCUUCAGCUCGCCAUGUUCCUGAUGCUGGUGGGGAGUACGCUGUGCGCGGCGGCGCAGAGCUGGGGGAUGCUGUUGCUGGGUAGGGCGCUGCAGGGGACGAGCUCGGCAGGGAUUAUGAAUAUCAUUAUGAUCGUUCUGGCGGAUCGGGUUUCGCUGAGAGAAAAUGCCAGGAAUAAUUCGAUUUUUGUGUACUUGACUGAUAGUAAUUGGAGGUACUGCUUUCUGGUGCCCAUACCGAUUGCUUUCAUAUCGCAUAUCGUGAUCUUCGUCCUCCUACGCAAUGAGCUCGUGGAAGGAACUGUCUUCAAAAAAGGCUCGCGGUCGUCUGCCGUGCUUCCGGCCCUGGCAACGCUGGACAUCGUCGGGACAGUCCUGUUCAUCUUCGGCGUCGGCCUCAUCAUCCUGGGCACGGCCUGGGGAGGGCCGACGUAUCCCUGGUCUUCCCCCGAGGUUCUAGUGCCACUAAUUGUGGGAGGUGCAUGCUUUGUGCUGUUCUUCGUGUACGAGUACUUCCUCGAGCCGGGCAGAUUGUUUGCUCGGAUGUUCCCAAAGCAGGUACCCAUGCUGCCGUAUAGCAUGUUCGCCAGACGCGAUACGAUUUGGCUUGCGGUUUUGGAGUUUUCCAGUGGAGCAGCUAUGUACUCCGUCUUCUACUUCAUCGGUAUAUAUUUCACCUUAGUCGAAGCCUAUCCUGCCUCGAAAGCAGGCAUCAACCUGCUCUACUACAUUCCAGGAUUAGGAGCCGGCGUCUACCUUGCCGUCUACCUCUGCAACGUCUACCCCGCCCAGACCUUCUUCGCCAUCAACACGGGCACCAUCGCCGAAACCACCGGCUUCGCCCUCCUCAUCUGGGCCAUCAGCACGCAAAACACCGCCCUCAUAAACGGGAUGAUGGUCCUCGCGGGCGCAGGCACGGGGCUCCGUCUCAUGCCCGUGAACCUGCACACGGCAGGCGUGUGGCCCGAGAAGAUCGCCCCGGCGAUGUCGCUGAUGCGAUUUGCGCUGCCGUUUGGCGGGACGCUGGGGCUGACGAUUAUGGGAAGCGUCUUCAACAAUCGGCUUUCGAGCAAGAGCAGCGGGAGCAGCGGUAUGGACGGGCUGGACGUGCACGACGGGGCUUCGUUGGAGUAUAUUGCUGGUCUGCCCGGUCCGGAGCAGGAGGCUAUCCGAACGGCGGGCAAGGAGGCAAUUAUGUGGGCGUUUAUUGCUAUCAUGCCGGUCAUCGGGUUGAGUCUGGCCACCGGAUUGGUCAUGGGUAAUGUAUGGAUCAAGCCGGAGCGUUCGCGUCAGCGUCAGAAGCGGGCCGGGACCGGGAGCGAAGGAGCAGACGAGGGAGGCCACAGCGUGGUCAUAUACGUUCCGUACCUGUGGGCAUUGCUAACGGGCAAUAUAACCGCAUACCAACACACCAACAAGCCCAAGCCAAGGCACGAAGAGGAGACCGAACUCCAUCCUCUCCCUCAGAGCCAAGCAUAG